CAAACACAAAAUUUAAAUGAAUUUAAGUCAGCACUUUGGCAGAAGGGUGAUCGCCGUGCGACACCCGUGCCACCAACUGGGUGCACUUCGUCACUGCUUCAUGGAAUCCGGGAGGGAGCAGCUGGAUUCGGGGCACCGCUCGGGCACGAUGGCGGAUGUGGCGAAGAAAAUCCGGGAGCACGUCGGCGUGGAAGGAGGCUACCACAUCAUUCCCAAGAGCCGGGAUGGACUCCUCAAGUUUCAGCCGAAGCAAGACGAACUGCCCAAUCGCUCCAUGCUGGACUCACAAACGACUGCCCAGGUGCUCCUGGAAACAGAUGCUCUGUUGAGGCAACGAUUCGUUUACGGGCGAGGCUUGCUGCGCAUGGGCAGGAUAAUUGAGGAACUCGACCUUCUUGCCGUGUGGAUCUGCCAUCUUCACAUUCAUCUGCCCAAUCUGCCGGAGGGUGUGCCGCUGCCAUACACUUUUAUCACCAUGUUGGUGGACCACGCCCACUUCUUGCAAGACAAGUUUAUUGCGGAUGCAGACGUGUCCCUCUCCGGUCACGUUUCAUAUACGGACAAUAACUUCAUGGAGGUCACGGCAUAUGUGCGACAAAACGGAAUGAUGCUGGCAAAGGGCAUUUUUGUGAUAGAGGCUCGCGAUGCCAUCAAUAAUGGCCCAGCUCCCGUCAAUCCUCUGGUGCCGGCCAAUAAGCUGGAGGAAAGGUUACACCAGGAAGCACAGAAGCGGCACCAGGAGCGUGCCAAAGCGUUAUAUCGCCUCGAGUCGCAGCAGCCCACCAAGGAGGAACAGCAGCUCAUGUACGAGCUGUUUACCCGAACCAAGGGCGAUGACGGACCUUCACCGAGUGAUAUGACUACUCUACCACCGAAUUCCCGCUGGAUGUCCACGUGGCGUCGCAGAACCCUGAUGCAUCCGUUCCCGGAGAACCGAAACGAAUCGAACACCAUCUUCGGAGGGUUCAUCAUCCGCAAGGCUAUCGAGAUUAGCUACAUGACAGCCUCCCUCUACUCCAACCAGCGUUGCAUGAUCCGCUUCAUUGCGGACGUUACGUUCGCCCAUUCCAUUCCCGUCCAUAGCUACAUAAAACUGAAGGCGUACGUGGUUUUCACCCACGAAAACUACAUUCAGCUGCUGACGGUGGUGAAUGCGAUCGAUGGCAAUAGCUUUACGGAGCUCAAGUGCAAUGUGCUGCACCUGACCUACUCCUGCAGCAAAGCAGUUCCGGAGAUCCUGCCCAGAAGCUAUCACGAGGCGCUGUGGUACCUAACUGGUCGUCGCUACUUCAAUCGAUUCCGUGAAUCAGUAAGCCACGACAUGGCCAAUGGAUCGCCCCCAAAAACCGAUGGAGCGAAAAAAGACAAAAAGUGAUUGGAUUUAAUAAAACAUGCUGUCGAUUUGCAUUAUA